UUUUUCGAGUUGAUUUUUUUUUAUUAAUAGUCGAUUUUAUAUGUUCGUUCUUGAUACGGUUUACCGGAAAUAUUGUGUUUUGAGGGUAAUCUUUCGUGCACUGUCCGUAUUUUGGUAUAGAUAAGAUUUAUUUAUAUAAUUUUCCGUGAGUUGUUCAGUUUAAAGGUCGUUUCGCAGACAUAAUACUCUCAAAUACGGAAAGUUCGAAAUACGUAAACUUACGAGAAUCUUAGACUUAGAUUUGCCUUAUUGUGCAGCAAUAUUAGGUUUAAUGUUAUAUUUGUGGUAAAUAAAUACUAAGGUAAAUCGGUAAUUCGUUGUUUACUAUGCUCCGGGAAAUAUUUAAAUGACAGUCAAAAGGUACGUUUGUUUUAAUAAGCCAGAAGAUACCUAAUAUCGUUUGGAAUUAUGGAAAAAACAGCAAUAGUGUUAACCGCGGUGCUAUCGUCGUUAGCUGUGCUGAUAUUUUUAGCUGGCGCUAUGGCUGCGUGCUACUUCUAUCAAAAGAAACGUCGCGCAAAGCAGGAAGAAGAAGAUGAAGCUGAAAAUGGUAGCGCUUUAAACGAGGAUAAAAAGUCCCGACUUAAUGGGUUCCUUAACUUAAAAACGCCGCUAAUAUCGACGAAAACUUUGGGAGCUCAGCUAGAAACCACAGGCAGUCCUCAAGCAAAAUCGCCAGCAGGAAGCAGUGCAGGAGCGGUGGUACUUUCCGAGGCACGCACCCCUACCGCACCCGCAAACAAAUCCCUUCAAAAUGUCAAGGGCGGGGACCAUCCGUCGAUGGCUUUUCUACAGAGUCGCUCAAUAUCAUUAGUCGACAUGUACAUUGACAAUUCGGAACCGUCAGAGAAUGUUGGACAGAUACAUUUUUCUCUGGAGUAUGACUUUCAAAAUACGACGCUGAUUUUAAAAAUUAUGCAGGGUAAAGAAUUGCCGGCCAAAGAUUUAUCAGGAACAAGUGAUCCGUACGUCAGGGUAACACUACUUCCGGAUAAAAAGCACCGAUUAGAGACCAAAAUUAAAAGGAGAACCCUUAACCCGAGAUGGAACGAAACUUUUUAUUUUGAAGGGUUUCCGAUUCAAAAGCUGCAGUCGAGGGUUUUGCAUUUACACGUUUUUGAUUACGACCGGUUUUCGAGGGAUGACUCUAUCGGAGAAGUUUUUCUGCCCUUGUGUCAGGUGGAUCUCAGUGAAAAACCAUCUUUCUGGAAGGCCCUUAAGCCGCCAGCGAAAGAUAAAUGCGGCGAGUUACUAACCUCGCUUUGUUAUCAUCCCAGCAACAGUGUACUUACUCUCACUUUGCUCAAGGCAAGAAACUUAAAAGCCAAGGACAUAAAUGGAAAAUCUGAUCCCUACGUAAAAGUCUGGCUUCAAUUUGGCGACAAGCGAGUAGAGAAACGCAAAACCGCAGUUUUCAAAUGCACCUUAAAUCCAGUAUUUAACGAUUCGUUUUCUUUCACGGUGCCAUGGGAAAAAAUCAGAGAAUGUUCUUUAGACGUUAUGGUUAUGGACUUUGAUAAUAUUGGAAGAAAUGAACUGAUAGGAAGGAUACUGUUAGCUGGUAAAAAUGGAUCCGGGGCAUCCGAAACAAAACACUGGCAAGACAUGAUUACCAAACCGAGACAGACGAUCGUCCAGUGGCACCGGCUUAAACCGGAGUAAAUUGACAAACUAUCGAGCCACUGUACCGUGGCGAUCGAUUGACAACAACAUAUUCUAACUAUUUAUAUUUAUAAUUAGUGUUAACAUUAUUAUUAGCUUUAUAUCUGGCUGUUAACUUAUUAUCAUAUUUUAAUAUUUAUCAAUAUCGUAUCGCCGGUUUACUGACAAUAAGGUGACAUAAAAAGUAUCUAGGUUCAAACAGGUGAAUUAAGUUGCAAUCACUUUUAAAUGCGCAGAUGGAUACCUUGAUGUUUGAGUAGUGUAUAUAUAUUAUCAGGGAAGUAUAUUAUAUAUAGAGUUUAGUUAUAUCUUACUUAAAUAAUUAUUUGAUUUCAGUUUUUCUUAUUCUAUCCCAAAUACUUAUUGAUUUCUUUAGUACUGAUUUACUCAGGGUUAGUAUUAUUCACUACCAAAUAAUUACAAAUAAAAUAUUAAAGUAUACAUUAAAAAUGAAUUUGGUAUGUCAGUAUUUUACGUAACUGCUGAUUCUUUUAAUAUAUUUACUCUUUCAAUAGAAAAUUAUGUUUUAACAAUAAGUAUUAUACCUGGCUUAUGAGUUUUUAAAUGAAAGUUAAAGGAAAUUCGAUCAG